AUGGGUUGCUGCCUCUCCUCGCUGCGGGCGGGGGCGGGGGCGGGGCCCCACGCGGAGAGGCCGCCCCGGCGCCGACCGCCGCCGCCGCCGACUCACCGCCCGUCCAUCUCGCUGAACGCGCACCAGGCCGCCGCCGGGGACGUCCCGGCGUUCGCGGAGUUCUCGCUUGCGGAGCUCCGCGCGGCGACGGGCGGUUUCGCGGCGGAGAACAUCGUCUCCGAGAGCGGCGAGAAGGCGCCCAACCUCGUCUACAGGGGCCAGCUGAAGGGCUCCGGAGCCGCCCCGCGCGCCAUCGCCGUGAAGAAGUUCGCCAAGCUCGCCUGGCCCGACCCCAAGCAGUUCGUGGAGGAGGCGAAGGGGGUGGGCGGGCUGCGGCACCCGAGGCUGGCGAACCUGAUCGGCUACUGCUCCGACGGCGACGAGCGCCUGCUCGUUGCCGAGUUCAUGCCCAACGACACCCUCGCCAAGCACCUGUUCCACUGGGAAAACCAGACUAUUGAAUGGGCUAUGCGUCUGAGGGUUGCGUACUACAUUUCUGAAGCAUUGGAAUGUUGUAGUAUGAGGGGACGGCCUUUAUAUCAUGACCUAAAUGCAUACAGGGUUCUCUUUGACGAGAAUGGCGCCCCUCGUCUGUCAUGCUUUGGUCUGAUGAAAAACAGCAGGGAUGGGAAAAGCUAUAGCACGAACCUAGCAUAUACACCUCCAGAAUAUCUGAGAAAUGGCAGGGUUACCCCAGAAAGCGUCAUAUUCAGUUUUGGCACUGUGCUCCUUGAUCUUCUCAGUGGAAAGCGCAUACCCCCUUCCCAUGCACUUGAUAUCAUGAGAGGCAGAAACAUCGAAGCACUAAUGGAUUCACAUUUGGAGGGGAACUACUCAACAGAGGUGGCUACUACAUUGGUGAACCUUGCUUCUCAAUGUUUACAGUACGAGCCAAGAGAUCGGCCUGAUAUAAAAAGGUUGGUUUCCAUUCUGAAGCCUUUGCAGACAAAAUCGGAGGUACCAUCCUAUGUGAUGCUUGGAGUUCCAAAGCCUGUGGAAGAACCGCAGGUACCUCCUACUCCACAGCACCCUCUUUCUCCCAUGGGAGAAGCCUGCUCCAGGAUGGACCUAACUGCCAUCCAUCAGAUCCUAUUCACAACACAUUACAGAGAUGAUGAAGGGACCAAUGAGCUAUCUUUUCAAGAAUGGACACAACAGAUGAGGGAUAUGUUGGAUGCAAGGAAACGUGGCGACUUUGCCUUCCGAGAGAAAGAUUUUAAGGCAGCAAUAGAUUGUUAUAGUGAGUUUGUUGAUGUGGGGACAAUGGUGUCACCAACCGUACUUGCCAGACGGAGCUUGUGCUACCUUAUGUGUGACCAACCUGAUGCUGCCCUCCGGGAUGCAAUGCAAGCACAGAUGGUUUAUCCCGAUUGGUCCACAGCUUUCUACAUGCAGGCAGUUGCACUAUCCAAGCUAAAUAUGCAGAGUGACGCCGUGGACAUGUUGAAUGAGGCGUCACAGCUAGAAGAGAAGAGGCAAAAGAGCACAAAUGGUCCUUGAAGAACAUCUUCAACUCAGAGAAGUGGCAUCCCUUCUAUAAGCAUAGAUUUGCGCUAUGUAGUAUAUUCUCCAACCUUUUCCCCUGUAGAAAGUGCUUAGUAUAUUGCGUGGUUAGAACGUAGAAGUAAAAGGAAACCUCUGGAGAAGAUGCUCUCUGGAGCCCUGUGAUGAAAACAACCCAUUUGGUUUGGCAUUUCUGUGAUAGGUUCUGCAUUUUUUGGGUCCAUGUAUAUAACACCAGUUGCAUGGGAGUUCAAAAACUUAAUAUAGGUGCUGGUUGUUCAGAAGGCCCCCCCUGUAGCCAAAGCUAAUAAACAUGUCUUGUUUGUGCAAAACUGUUUAUUUGGACAUCGGCUCCAUUGAUACAGAUUUGAGUAA